GAACUGUGCUUCAGCCUGUUCUUUCUGUCCCCUUUGGAUUUUUUUUCCUGGAAAGAUUGACCAGAGCCAGGGAUAACUGAGAAGAGUUGCUCACCCAAGGAUCAGUUGGACCUCUUCUUCUCAGGAGGAAUGGCACCAGCUGUGGUGUGGCUCUUGUUUCUUCAGCUUGCUCUAUGGCCAACUCUGGUUGUGGACAUCAAGAUGUCGACUGCUAUCAAGGACUUCCGCAUGUUACACAUUGACUAUCCCAGGGUGCACUACCCACUGGGUUUCCAGGGCUAUUGUAAUGGUAUCAUGGCCUACGUGCGGGGCAGAAAGCAGAGCUGGUAUUGCCCCCAAAUCCAUUAUCUGGUGCAUGCCCCUUGGAAGGAAGUCCAGAAGUUCUGCAAGAACAGUGAGAGUUUCUGUGAGAAUUACAAUGAAUACUGUACACUCACAGAGAACCCCUACCCCAUCACAACCUGCUCUCUGGACUCUAAUCAGCCACCCACGAGCUGCCACUACCAGACCACCCUAAGCAACCAAAGGCUCUACCUGCUCUGUUCCAGAAAGCGUGAUGCUGAACCAAUAGAUAUCAUUGGGCUUGGCUAGGAAAGGGAGGCUUUCAAUCUGAACCGCAGCCUACUGCCACCACACAACAGCCUAUUCCCAUUCUCAAACCUCUGAUCCCUGAUACAAGGCUUCCUCCCUGACUUCAAAAGCAGGCAGGGUCCCCUCCAAGGAGACCAGGGAGGUAAAACAAAUGUCCAGAGCUUCUGUCACCAAGCAAAGUCACACUGCCUUGUUGUUUCUUUCCGACUUGUUUACCUCCUCUCUUCCCUCAUCAUCUUCCCUCUCCCACAGACAGUCUUACCCACCCAAGAAGCUGACUGUGUCCAUUUGGCAGUGACUGUCCGUCCACUGGGCCAGAUCCUGAAUCCUGGAUGGAGGCCCAGAGCCUCAGCUCACACCAUGGCAACAGGCACCCAGCUCCAUAUCUCAACUCCCCAUCCCCAUUGCCAUUCUCUCCUCAGCUGUCCUCAUCUUCCUUAUGAUUCUCUCCACUCACUCACCUAUGUGGUAGGUAUUGCUGGUUAUAGGGUCCUCCCUUGAGACCCUUAGGCUCUUUCUAGCCUCACUAUCCAGAAUUCCCCUCAUUUCUCAGUCUGUUCUUCUCUACUAAAUCAUUACUCUUCUCUCCAUGUCACCUGCUCUUUCUUUUCUCCUUCUAACACAGAGCCCAGGGUAGUCUCUCCCCGUUACUCCCUCCCUUUAGUCUCCCUGUUUUCCUCUCUCCGACUUCUUUUCCUUCCAUUCUUCUCACUGUGACUCACUGGAGUUUAAAAUUAUCAUCUCUGAACUGUUACUCCCAAGAUGACUGCAUCCCUUUCCUUCCCAAAACUCCUCCUGACAACUAGCUACCCCCACCCCCAAACUCCAGAUCCGCCACUGACAAGACAGAUGUGAGGUGAGCCUACCUGUGGUCACAGAAGGUUUUAUAACCACUGGAUGAAACUGGGUGAAGAGUAUGUGGGACCUCUCUGUACUAUUUUUGCAUUUUCCUGUGAAUCUAUAAUCAUUUCAAAAUAAAAAUAUAAAAAUA